CCCUCUGUGACGUCACAAACAGCCGCUCUGCGAACCGCACUUCCGCAUCCCGUCUGCAGACGUUUGUCUUCCCCUAAGUUAGCGGUGCUGAGUCCUGCUCCUCGCUCUUGGUUGGAUCUCUGACAUGGAGGAAAUGCUGUCAUUCAGGGAUGUGGCCAUUGAUUUCUCUGCAGAGGAGUGGGAAUGUCUGGACCUUGCUCAGUGGAAUCUGUACAGGGAUGUCAUGUUGGAGAAUUACAGCAACCUUGUGUUCCUGGGUCUUGCAUCCUGUAAGCCAUACCUGGUCACAUUUCUGGAGCAAAGACAAGAGCCUUCAGUUGUGAAGAGACCACCAGCAGCUACCAUGCACCCAGGGGGAAAGCCCUAUAAAUGUCAAGAGUUUGACAAGGCCUUUGAUUGGAACUCACUCCUUAUUCAACACCGGAGAAUUCACCCUGUGGAGAAACCCUACAAAUGUGAAGAAUGUGGUAAGGUCUUUAGUGCUCACUCAGCACUUUCUAUACACCAGAGAAUCCAUACAGGAGAGAAGCCCUACAAGUGUGAAGAAUGUGGCAAGGCCUUUAGUACUCGCUCAGCACUUUAUAUACACAAGAAAAUUCAUUCUGGAGAAAAACCCUACAAGUGCGAGGAAUGUGCAAAAGCCUUUUAUUUCCCUUCAUUACUCAAGCAACAUCAAAGAACUCAUUCCGCAGAGAAUCUCUGCAAGUGUGAAGAAUGUGGCAAAGCCUUUUAUUUACCUUCAUUUCUUAAGCAACAUCAAAGAAUUCAUUCUGCAGAAAAUCCUUACAGGUGUGAAGAAUGCGGGAAAGCCUUUUCCUAUCCCUCAACCCUAAAGCAACAUCAAAGAAUUCAUUCUGGAGAAAAACCAUACCGCUGUGAAGAAUGUGGCAAAGCAUUCCGUAGGUCAACAUACUUUCACCAACACCAAAGAAUUCAUACUGGAGAGAAACCCUACCAGUGUGAAGAGUGUGGGAAAACAUUCUACUAUCGCUCAAACCUGAAGGGACAUCAGAUUAUUCAUUCUGGAGUGAAACCGUACAAGUGUGAUGUGUGUGGCAGCAUGUUUAGAACCAGCUCAGACCUUUCUAAGCACCAGAGAAUUCAUGCUGAAGUGAAGCUGUACAGCUGUGAAGAGUGUGGGAAAGCCUUUUCUACUCAUUCAUACCUCAUUCGGCACAAACUAGGCCAUUCUAGAGAGAAACCAUACAAGUGUGAAGAAUGUGGCAAAACAUUUUGUUAUCCUUCAAUCCUUAAAGAACAUCAAAGAAUUCAUUCUGGAGUGAAACCUUACAAUUGUGAUAUAUGUGGCAGCAUGUUUAGAACUCGCUCAGAACUUUCUAAGCACCAGAGAAUUCAUGCUGAAGUGAAGCUCUACAGCUGUGAGGAGUGUGGGAAAGCCUUUUCUACUCAUUCAUACCUUAUGAGGCAUAGACUUGGUCAUUCUGGAGAGAAACCCUACAAGUGUGAAGAAUGUGGGAAAUCAUAUAGCUACCCUUCACUCCUUAAGGAACAUCAAAGAAUUCAUUCUCAAAAUCCCUACAAGUGUGAUGUUUGUGGGAAGGUUUUCUGUACUCGCUCAGGACGUUCCAAACACCAGAGAAUUCAUACCGGAGAGAAACCCUAUAAGUGUGAAGAAUGUGGAAAAGGCUUUUCUACUCAUUCAUACCUUACUCUGCACAAAUUACUUCAUACUGAAGAGAAACCUUACAAAUGGGAAGAAUGUGGUGAGGUUUUUUAUACUUGCUGAAGACUUACUAAACACCAGUAAAUUCACAUUAGAGAAAAUCCCCACAAAGGUAAAGAAUGUGUCAAAACUCUUUACUGUACUUCAGACUUUAAAUAACACCAUGAUAAUUCAUACUGAAGAGAAACCAUACUUUUAUUAAUCUUUAAGCCUUCAUUAGAUACAAGGUCCUUCCUACUGUAGAGAAAUUACAGAUUUGAAAAAUAUGGCCAAAUGUUUUACUGUACUGAAACUUUAAGACCCAGCAAAAGGGCUCAUUCUCAAAAGAAUCCCUUCAAGUGUGAAGUAUGUGACAAGGUAUUAUGUGCUACCUUGAACUUUCUGUCUACCAGAAUAUUUAUUCUGGAGAGAAACACUGCAAGUGUGAAGAAUUUGGAAAAUCCUUUUUAACCCAUUCAUUCCUGAUUCUGAUCAGUCGUGGCAAAGUUUGGGGAAGGUAUUUUUUAUUUUAGGUUAAUUAUGCUCAGACCUGUUGAUUGUGGAGGAACCAAACCAUCUCUGUUGGGUAAGGAUUCUGGAUUGUAUAAAAGGAGAAAGUGAACUGAAAACAACCAUUCCUCUAGCUUCCUCUGCUUCCUGACUGUCAAGGCAAUAUGAACUGCUGCUUCAGCUCCUGCUGCCCUAAAUUUCUCACCAUGAGUCACAGUGUCAUGAUUUGAAUGAGAAAUGUACCCUGUAGUCUUAAGUAUUUUAACAUUUGUUUCCCCGAGUUGGUGGUUCUAUUUGGGGAGAUUUAGAAGUAGGUCACUAAAGGUGAACUUUGUGAAUAAAAAGCUCCCUCUAUAUCCAGUUUGCUCUCUGCUUCCUGCUUACCAUUGAGGAUGUGAGCUCUCAGUUUCCUGCUUGAGGCACCAUGCAAUGUGUUGCCAUGUCCUCCCUCUGUUGCAGAUUUUGAUCCCUUCUGUACCAUAAAAUGAAGUAAAGUCAUUCAUCUAUAA